AUGGCAGGCGAUACAACAGCGGCGACUCCCUUGCCUGGAGACGCUUCCUCCACUUCCUUCUCUGAAUCUUUCCAACAGGGAGAGGCACCUUCCUGUCUCCACACCAACCCUGAUGAAAACCGACGCGCGCCUGUAGGCAGUUGUUCGCAGCCGGCAGAGGUUCCCUUCGAACAGAGAUGGCGCGGUGAGUCGAGGCUCCCGCAGGACGCAGACGGGCUGCCUGACUCAGAUAGGCAGGAGGGGAUGGGACAGCCAGGAGCGGGGGGGCCGGAAUGUGCGGGGGCUGCAAAGAGAGAUACGGAGGAACGGAAGCGCCGCCGCAGUGUCUCAGGAGGCGACGAGGUUCACCCCGCAGAUUCCCUCUCAGCGGACUCUCCCUCGUCUGCGCCUCCCCGGGGCUUGUUGGAGGCGCAUGCGGGGCCCUUCUCUUCCCGUAACUCGGCAGAGACCCGCGAAGCGCCAGACAGAGACGACGCUUUUCUCUCGGAGUCCAACGAGCGGAGGAGAGAAGGCUCGGAGUCAGCCGACUUGGCCGGUUCUGUCGGCGGGCCCCGCGAACUCGCAUGCAUGCGGAGGAAAGGACAAGGAGGCACCGGUUCGUACGAAACCGCGGCCUCCGACAGUCCCUUGCCUGCUGUGCCCUUUCAGUCGACGCCCCCGUACGCUGCCUCAGAAACUGCUCGCCAGAACGAAGGCGGCAGCGCCCAGGCGAGCCACUCGGCGCAGGCAGAGGACACAGGGCGCGACUGGCUCCGUGUCCCCGAGACGGCCCCUUCACAGUCUCCAACUGCACACGCAGGUGAGGCAGAGAAUGAGCUUGUCAAGCCCUCGCGGCGGCAGUGCCUGACUGAGGGGGGAGUCGAUGAUCCACGUCAAGACCCUGGCGGCGCGACUGUCCUGGCUGCUCCUGACGACAGUUUGAGCGCCGAAGAGGGCGAACAGGAGCCAGCGAGGCUGGGGCGCGCGGCUCCCUCAGGAAAUCUCGGAAGUGAAGCUGGGCUCGACGAUGCGAGUGGAGCAUGUGAGUCCGCCACCUCCCCUGCACCCGCCUCUCCUUCCCCAGCCCUUUCGCUGCCUCGCGCGCGGCGCGGCUGGCGUCGCGGCGAAGCGAGCACGUCUCCGCGCGCGUCUGAGGCAGCGUCGGCUGGGCGAUGCCGUGAUUCUGCGCGCGGCGCCGACGGCGGUGCACCCGCAGCUGGUGACCCCCCUCAGAUACUGUCUUCGCCCUGUUCUCACCCUUGUGAAGGAGAGAAGGCGGCAGGUGCGACAACAGCGUCAGACGAGCCCGAUAGCGACAGCAGCCGACUGGCGUCAAAAGGGGGCAGAGGCUGUGAAGCGGUGAAACCGGAGAUGUGCGCGAAUGGAGUGUCUUUGCAGGACGACACUGCUUCACCUUCUGGUGACCCACAAACGGGAGAGAGUGGCGUCUGCAAAGAGCCAACAACCCCAGACGGCAACCAUACAGGAGCUGGAGGCGUGCCAGACAGGGCCCAUAGUUGUAGAACUCCUGUGACGGCGGAACAUGUUGGAGCUGCUGCAGAGGGCGUUCGGGGGAAGAUGGCUCUCGAGUCUGUCAAUGGAAAUGCUGACGGGACCAUGCCGACUGCGAAGCGGCGGCGGCAUGCGUCACGUGGGACCCGCCAGGGCAACAAUGCUUCUCCGUUCCCUUGUUCGUCUUCCUCUCUGUCCCCUUCUGCGUCAUCUUCGUCUGCAGCCGCACCAUCUUCUUCCGUGAGGGCGGUGAAGUCCGAGUCCCCGCACGCCUCGCAAGAGUCGUCGUCGUCAGCCACGGGGAACGAACAGGUUAGCUGGGAGGCGGACGCCACGGGAAAGCCGACCCCAGAGAAGGAGCAGAAGGAUUCUCGGCCUUUCAGACAGCAGGUGGCAGUCUUCGAGGCAGCUGCGCCGGCCGCUGCGGCUGCCGCGCCGGCGCCCAGUUCAGCGGGCAGCGGAGCACCUGCCUCUGCACCUCCAGCCUCUCGGUCAACCAGAGAGGGCAGCGGCGUCUCGAGUUUGGGCUCCGCUUACGCGGGAUCGGGAAUGAGCACGAGGAAGCGCCGAGCUCAGAGUGCAGCCGCAGCGGCGGCGGCUGGAGCGGCAGCAGACUCGGCCGACGGCGCUUUGCCCGCGGCUGAGAGCGGGGGAGGGUUGGUGGGACGAGACGGGGUAGAUGCCGCCAGUCCUUGCCAAACGAUGUGCGCAGAAGCGAAAUCGCCUUCCAUAUCAGUGAAGAAAGCCGCCUGCCACGGGGGCGGAGGCGCUGGCGAUAAAGGCAGCGGGACGGGUUGGGGUAGCACGUCUGCGUCUCCCUCGUCGGGCGGGGCCAGUGGGAACAGCGGUGGGGACCCUGUGGCGUCGCCAUCGGCAGCUUCCGCGGAUCUAGGAGCAGCUGCGCGUUUUUCUGCGCGUCUCCGCCAGCGACCAGGCGACGCUCGAGCUGCACUGGCGGCUCAAGCGUACCACGUUCUUCCAGUCCCCUCUCCAUACGUCGCCAGCAGGGUCCGGUGCUGUUGCUGUGGAACGGGCGUGGGCUCGUCGUCUGUGCUUCUUGGUGGCUCCCUGGGGCUGGGGCCGGAUCUUGCCUCGGCGGCGCAUGCAACGGGCGCGAGCUCGGGCAGCACGGGGCCAGAAGGGAUGUCGACUGGUUCAGACCAAAGCUCGCCCUCGAGCCACGCCUCUUCCGUUUCUUCGCACGAUAGCAUUCUCAUUCUUCCGCGGCGGAUCUCGCCGACCGCCUACAACAACUUUGAGAUUCGUGCACGGUACGAUAUAUGCCAGAGACGCAUACGAAAAGUCGAGGCCUGGUUGCAGAUGAUUGAGGAAUGGUAUUUCGGCUCUGCGGCACCUCGAUGGCAGAGCCUGCAUCAGCAGACUGUUCAGCAGGAGCUCGUCGCAGCCGUUAACUCGACCAAGCGGAGUCGGCUUGUCGAGGCUGUAAGGGGAGGCGGAGAUGCUUCUACUGGCCUAGUUGAGCCACCCGCUGCUGCAUCCUCUCCCCCGUGGGCUUCAGGCACUGGCAAGGGUUCGAAAGAUGGAGGCAAAGGUGGAGGCGGGAGCGCAUCAGGCGGCGGGAGCAGUAUCUAUGGCAUUCACGCAGACGGAGGAGGUAUUCUGGGGAUCAACGGCAUACCCGGUGGCGGAUGUUACAGCUUUUAUGGCUCAUCUUCAGGCGGGGGGAGCGGAGCGGGAGGCUUUCUCUCCUCAAGAGGCUCAAGUUCUAGCAGCACGGGUGCCGAUUCCAGCGCCUGUGGCGUCGUGCGGGAGGGGCGAGUGAAUCCGGAGGGGGGGCUGGCAACAGCCGAUAGUGUGAUAUACGCUCUCAUUAUCAGCAACAAUGUUGAUCGGAAUCCGCUCACAUGCUAUGGAGCUCACGGCGCAGGGGGGGGAGGCACUGGAGGGGGAGGCACUGGAGGGGGAGGCACUGGAGGGGGAGGAGGUGGCGCUGACUCUGGCAGGGGAGACACGCGAGAUGGUGUCUCUUCGGGCGGCACCAGUGGGGUCGGAGGCGCCAGCGGGGGGGGAAGGAAAGGUGAUGGCGGAUCUUCGCACGCAACAAAGAAUGCCGCAGGUGGAGGUAAGGGUAGUCGCGGCGGGGGCGGGGGGGCAGCCGCAACGCCCCGACUGGGCGCAGUGAAACUCACUCCACUGGAACUUCUUACCUCGCCCCUAAGGAAGGAUAACGUCAUUGAUCUGUGGGGACCCAAAGAAGUCGCACUUUUCGAGGCUGGCAUUUGUAAAUACGGCAAAGACUUCAGCGCGCUGCAGAGGCUUAUUCAGACCAAGACGACAUGCGAGAUCGUUGACUUCUAUUACCUGUGGAAGCAAACGAACCGCUAUAUUGCGUGGAAGCAACAUCGGCAUCUGUCCAAGACGAUCCUCCACUCAGUAUUUGGUUGA